AAUUUCACACUGCAGGGGAUCACUCGAAUUUCAAGAAUGACCAGUGCAGAACUCCUUUUCAAAUUUGUGCUUCUAUUUUCCAUAGUAACAUGCACUUUGUCAUCAAAUGAAAUUGAAGAAAUGCAGACAAAAUGUGCAGAAAUACCACCUCUGCAUCAGGAUUCUCUUGAGAAAAAAUCGGAAUGUGAUCCAGAUAAUGGGAUUUUGAAUUUGAAGGAGAGAAAAGAAGUGGUAGAAAUCCUAGAUGAGGGAAGCUUGGACUCUGAAGAAGACCUUCCAUUGGCUGAUGUUGGUGAUUCCUCAGUCAAGGACUUUAUGAUGAAGAGAAAAAAGAGAGCUGGCUGCUUCACGUGUCCCACUCCUAAAUGCGUUUGCUGCAAGGCCCCAAAAUGGCUCUGGUCCACCACACCACCAAGCACAGCGGCAAUGAUGGAUAUGGGUAUGAUGGGUAUGAUGGGUAUGAUGAUGAUGCCUCCGAAUAAUCCACCUAUGCGGCACCAUCAAAAUCCUUCUUCCUCUGUUUUGACGAACAACGUUUUGGAAAAACUUGCGUCUAUUGCUAAUAUUGUGAAGGGGCGCGCCCAGCAGCAGUCAUUUCAAACAAGUGAUUUUUUCCUGGAAGCCCCUUCAAAUUUUGUGGGAGAGUUGACACCAGCUGGAUCAAACCUUGGAGGGAUUUUGAAUGGCCAAGUCCUGAAUCGUGGCCCUUCUGCUGGAGGUCUGGGAUCAAUUGCACAGUCCCUCAGUGAAGCUGCAAGUGUUCCUCAGGAAGAAGAACCCACAGCAGCCGAACAAGAUCAAGCCCGAGUCGUAGGAUCGUCAGUAUUCAACGAAAUCGACCAACUCAUGAAUCGGUUGAAAUUCGCCGAACUGAAACAGGGCACGGAACUCACCAAUCUCACAGUGUCCAACUUGUUGCCUCCAGAACCGGAACUAACGGCACAACUUCCGGAAAUAAAAACGCCCGAAUACUUUCCAGAACCCAUCAGCUCCAGCAACACUCAAGAACCCAUUCCCAUCACUGCUGAACCCCAUCAAUUCCAAGACCCGAUCGUCGUCAAUCAGCCCAGCACUCAUGAUAAUCAUGACGACCUUCUCAUCAACCAACAGCAGAAUAAUCCCAUGAAUGAAUUAACGCCGGCAGAAAAUAACACACCUUCGCCAAUCCAAGAAGAAGCAGUUGUACCAGAAUCACAAGUUGGAAUAAUGGAAAACACUCAAGAUCAUCAGCAGUUCCCCAUGAUCAGCCAAGAUCGGAUUCACCCUCAAGAUGCCGGAACCCAACAGGAAUUCCUAGAACCCAUCACCACCACGAAAACCGAAGAACCCUUCACAACAAGAGAAUAUUCCUCGGGAUCUCGGAAAAGGUUCGGUGAUGAUGACCCACGGAAAAUGAGACCCUCGUUUCAAAUCCAACAAGACGACCCAUCAUCAUCAGAACCACAAGUCAGCAUAAAAAACACUCAAGAUCACGGGUUCCCCAUCAGCCAAGAUCUGAACCCUCGUCAUGAAAUUCACCCUGAAGAUGCCGGAACCCAACAGGAAUUCCUAGAACCCGUCACAAUGAAAACCCAAGAACCCUUCACAACAAGAGAAUAUUCCUCGGGAUCUCGGAAAAGGUUCGGUGAUGAUGACACAUGGGAAAUGAGACCCUCGUUUCAAAUCCAACAAGACGACCCAUCAUCAGAACCACAAGUCAGCAUAAAAAACACUCAAGAUCAUGGGUUCCCCAUUAGCCAAGAUCUGAACCCUCAUCAUGAAAUUCACCCUGAAGAUGCCGGAACCCAACAGGAACUCCAAGAACCCACCACCACCACAAUGAAAACCGAAGAACUCUUAUUCCCAACGAGAGAAUAUUCCUCGGGAUCACGGAAAAGGUACCGAAAUGACCGACGGAAAAUGACGAGACCCUUGAUUCAUCCAUCGUCAACCAAAAAAUUUUCGAAAUCCCGUUUUCGAAACUCAAUUUACUGGAGAGAUGAUCGGAGAAAGUCUGCUCCCAAGAACAAGUGGUCGUCCAUCCGCAAGAAAUCACCGAGUUCCAGCAGACGAUACGAUGACAAUAAGGAACUAUCUGGAAAGUCGAAAAACUUCAAUAGAUACACAGGAUCAAUCAGGGAUGAUGAUGAUGAUAAUGGAAAUGAACCAAUUCAAAUGGAUUAUUAUGACAGAAAUUGGAACACUUACGAUGGAUCUCAUCAUUCGGAUUUGUUUUCGUCUCCCUCACUUCGAAAGAUUCCUUCUAGAAAUCUCUCCGAAGGACAAAGAUUGUCAAAAAAGUCCUCAAAGUAUGAUGAUUCAACUGUCGAUGAAAGGCCAUUUCACAAACGAUAUCCGUUUUUCAAGAACUUCAAAAUAUUCGGAUCUAUGCCCGAAAAUGCCGUCUUGCAUAGUUAG